AUGUCGGGGCGUUCACAGGCGGAUGCAGCAGCACUGCAGCUGCUGGGGAGGUCUCGUGCUGAGCGUUUGUUGGAUGGGGUGUAUGCACGGCAGCGUUUGCUGCUGCGUAAGCGUCGGCGUCAGCAGCAGCAGCAGCAGCAGCAGCAGAUCCUGCUGCCUGAGGAGCGAGAAGCUCGUCGACGCCUAUUGAUACGUCGCCCUGUAUCUGCAGCAGAACAGCAGCAGCAGCAGCAGCAGCAGCAGCAGCAGCGAACAGCAGCAGCAGCAGCAGCAGCAGCAGCAAAAGGAGGAAUAUCACUAGCAGCAGCACUCAGCAACCUCAUACAUAAACACUUUCACAAUAAAGCGAAAUACGCUAAAGCUGUUGCGCUGCUGCAGCAGAUGUGGGCAGCAUAUUUCAGCAGCAGCAGCAGCAGGCAGUUCUUUGGUGCUCUUGUUGCUGCUGCUUCUUCAGACUUUGUUUAUAGUGACGAGAAAGGGAGACAGGCUGUGUCUUCGUUGUUUACUUCUUGUGUGCUGCCGCUGCUGCAGCAGCAGCAGCAGCGAGAGCAGCAAAAAGCAGAAGCAAUACUGCGUCUUGCUGACGCAAGGAAGCAGCAGCAGCAGCAGCGUAUUCAUCUCCAGCUAGCUGCCUCGGCAUUCCCUUCAUACAACAGCAGCAGCAGCAACAGCAGCAGCAGCAGCAGCAGCAGCAUGCAUAUGCGAGCCAACGCUGCUGCUGCUGCAGAUAUGGCGGAGGCUGCUGCUGCUGCAUUCAUGCGGGCGGAAGUUGCUGCACAGCAGCAGCAGCUGCAGCAGCAGCAGCAGCAGCAGCAGCAACAUGCAGCAGCAGCAUAUGCACCUCAGGAGAGUUCAGCAUACACCCCAUACAACAACGGCAGCAGCACAGACAGCAGCAGCACCAACGGCAGCAACAGCAGCAGCAGCAACAGCAGCAGCAGCAACAGCAGCAGCAGCAGCAGCAGCAAGGAGGUGGAGCUGAGCCCAGACAUGGUGAGUUUGCUGCAGCUGCUGCGGGUGCGUUGUGUGGUGCAUCCGCAGCUGCAGACAGACGAUGCCUUUCAGUUCAAUGCUGCUGUUGCUGAGCUGCGGCUGCUGCUGCAGCAGCUGCAGCAGCUGCAGCAGCAGCAAGAAGAAAUAGGAGAAGAGGAUGAGGCCUAUAUGACGGACAGCGACUUCGCCGACUCAGACACCAACGAAGAACACACGCAGCACAAACAACCCAGGCUGCAGCAGCAGCAGCAGCAGCAGCAGCAGCAGCAGCAGCAGGAGCAAGAGCAGCAGCAAGAGCAGCAGCAAGAGCAGCAGCAGAACGGGAUGCAGCAACAGCAUACUCAUGCAUCUCCUACAGACUCCGGCAGCAACAGCGUUGAAAAAGCCAGCAGCAGCAGCAGCAGCAGCAGCAGCAGCAGCAGUACGAGCGGCGGGGAGGGAAGCAGCAACAGCAGCAGCACUAGUGGAGACAGCACUAGCAGCAGCAGCAGCAGCAGCAGCAGCAGCAGCAGCGGCUCGCAAGGGCCAUGGCGUGUCAAAACAGAGAAAACGGAUGCAGAAGCAGCUGCUGCUGAUCCCUCAGCAGCAGCAGCAGCAGCAGCAGCAACGGCUCCUGCAGCAGCAGAAACAGCAGCAGCAGGAGCAGCAGCAGCGGCACCUGCAGCAGCAGCUGAGGCCGAUAAGGGCGCAGGUGCUGCAGCAGCAGCAGAUGCGAGUACUGCAGCGUCGGAUGCUGCAGCAGCAGCAGCAGCAGCAACAACAACAGCAAAAGGAGGAGAGGAGGCAGCAGCAGCAGCAGCAGCAGCAGCAGAUGAUGCAGCAGCAGCAGAAGAUGAAACCCUCGCCGAAGAAGAAUGGCCCCUGCCUCUGGGGUGCGGCAGUAAACCCUAA